AUGUCGAUGUGGGUGGGGUUGAGGGAGCCCGAAGACGACAUCGGCCUCCCUCAGCGACGUCAUCUUCGGCCUCCCUCGGCCAUGCCCACAUCAACAACGACGAGGGAGCCAGAAGACCAUCUGGUCACGGCUCAGCUGGCCCUGCUCGGCCGGCUCGGCCGCGUCGACGCGGCGCUUCCUGCGGCCGAGGCUCCCGUCCGCCUCACCAGCUGGCGAGAGCCCGGGGGAACGCUCCUGUCCCCCGUCACCACGGCGACCGGCCUCGGCGCGCUCCCGUCCCUCGAUGGCCCCGCGACAGGGCUUCCCCACUGGCUCGACGUCCCGCCGGGCGGGGGAAGCACCCGCCGGCCGGAGGUAAGGGCGAGAGUCCGGGGAGGGGGGGAGCUACCCCCGCUCCCAGACACCCAGGAAGCUGCUAACUUCAGCCUCCUCUUGCACAUGGAGCUUCUGGUUUGGGAAGGCCUUAACCAGACUCCUAUUCUUCGUUCUCAGUGCAGACGCCUGAGCAAACAGGGGGAGAGGGGGAUUCCUUCUCAAUGCCUUUAUUGCUUAACAAAGAAUAUUUCCAGAUAUGCUGCGGAUAUUAAGCCUUUGCCUCCUAACAUCAAAGAUAAGCUUAUUAAAUCGGCGAGUGUCCAAAGAUGGAUAACGGAUUCGAAUAUUAGUUCGGUUCUGCACCCUGCAGUGGAGGCGUUAGAUCUUCGAGAUUGCGAUGUUUCAGAUGAUGCCCUGCUACAGCUUAGUAACUGCAAGCAGCUUAAAAAAAUAAACUUAAAUGUUUGGAAAGAUGAGAGAUUAACCGUUACAUCAAAAGGAGUUGCAGCACUGGCCUCCUCUUGCCCUUAUUUGCGCGAAGCCUCUUUUAAACGAUGCAGCAACAUGACUGACAGUGGAGUCCUUGCCUUGGCACUCAACUGCCCGCUUUUACAAAUUGUAAACAUUGGUGGAUGCUCCAGCAUCACAGAUGCGUCGCUGCAUGCCCUCGGGAAGAACUGCCAGCACCUGCACAGCGUGGAUUUUUCAUCCACUCACGUUACUGAUGAUGGCGUUAUAGCACUCGUUAGUGGAAUAUGUUCAAAGAAUUUAAAGGAGAUCCAUAUGGAGCGCUGUGUGAAUCUGACUGACGUGGCUGUGGAAGCUGUCCUGACUUGCUGUCCUAUGAUAUAUAUUCUUCUGUUUCAUGGAUGCCCUCUGAUAACAGACCGUUCCCGAGAAGCCCUGGAACAGCUGGUUGGACCAAACAAAUUUAAGCAAGUUUCAUGGACUGUUUACUAAUGUUCACGUUCCUGUGUAAAAGGGCAGACAGGAGCUCUCUGUUGGGGAGAAUAAAAUUGGGAAGAAACAGGUAAAUCAGAAGCUUAUAUUAGUUCCCCGCUGGAGUGAUUUGUCAUCACACAAAUAACUUCCUGUCCAAGAGAAGUAUUCGUGUUCUGUCAACGUUCUAAGAAAACAACAACCCAAGGGCAUUGUUAUCGUUGUUAUUUUUACUCCACAUUAUGUGUUUAAAAUGGGGAGAUUUUUUUCUUAAUGUUUAUCUACUGGAGAACUCCAAUGUUACAAAAUAAUUGGACUAAAUCCGAAGGUGCCCUUCUGCUUAGGGUGCUUUGUUUUGCACUGUUAAGUCCUGCACUAGCAAAAAGUGGACAAUAAGUAAAGGUGUGUAGUUCAUGGAGUGAGCCAGCCAGGAUUGGGAACUGACAGGGUUUAAACGCCUUAUCGGGCACCCCCUUGGGACUAGGUAUGUUUCAAAAUACAUCUUGUAAGUGAACAUGUGUUUUCUUCAUGCUGUCACAAUAAAACCUCUGGCUUUGUUCAAGUUUCAAA